AUGUUCGCCGCCUACCACUUCAGUGACCCAUACCUCCUGGCCGAAGCGCUGAUACCACCGGGCAGCGAUGUCACGCUGGGAAACGGUCGACGGCCUCCGGAAGCCAACCUUCGUCUUGCUGUGCUGGGCGCCAGCGUCAUCAAGACUAUCUUAAUCGACCAAUGGUAUCCUGGCCCACAGACGCGGCAAGAAGCACAUGAGGCCUGGCUGAAGAAGAUGAUCGACAAAGUGAAUCUCACGAACAUUACCAGGAAGCAUGUGAUAGAGGACGCUUGCGUUCAGUUGCACGGUGGUAGAGGGCUCCGCAAUGGAGUCGGUGAAGACUACCCGGCGGAUGCGGCGAGUUUGGUGCAGGCGCUCAUCGGAGCCGUGUGGGUGGACUGUGACAAAGAUAUUGACACUGUAGCUCAGGUUAUGGGUGUGCUUGGUCUGCGUUGUCCGAAGGAUGCGAGACAAAGGGAGGAGGAAGCUCAACCCACGGAGCCUGCUGAAGAAAAGCCGGUGGCUGUCGAAGAGGAGGUUAUCGCAGUCAGUGAGGGUUCGCCAAGCGUCAUGUAG